AAGUAGACCAGCACGUUACGAAUACAUCUCAUUCCCAUAUAUCUCGAUGUAUUCUUCAUCAGGCGAUCAUCUGCGGAGGUUAAUCAAUUCCUUGGAACCCGAAUGCUCUUAGGCUGCGCGUUUACUGCAGACGAUGGGGGAUUCGGAGCCGUCUCGUCUGGAGUCUGAGCACCGCGAAGCUCUUGACAUAGAAUCAUCUGACAAUGAAGAAGAUCACUUCUCAGACGCCUCAGAAGGUCAGAAUAUGAGUAGCUCGGACGCAUCGCUACCAGCGCCAUCGAUAAAAGUCGAGAAGACCGACAACGUCCCGAGUCAUGGCGAAGUACCAGGAACUGCAGCAUAUGAGGCCAGGAAGCAAGAUGCAGCCCCCGAUGAGGUUCAGGUCAUACCAGAAGAGAUCAAAGAAGACGCCUCUUCUAAUGUUUCUGUCUCCGAAAAAUCAACCAUCUCUGGCCAUGUUUCGGCGCCGUUAGCUCCCUCAGAGGACUCGGAAAUUCAACCCAUCAACGAAACAUCGCAUGAUGUACCACCUAGUGGGAUAGGAGAGGUGGAAGCGACAGAACACUCCGUGCAUGAAAAUGAUGACAAUCAGAGUCUCCCUCAAGACCCGACUUCUGAAGGCUUCACCACACCCCUGGCUCCAGCUGCUGAAACUAUGGAUCAGGACGCCGAUUCGACGGUGGAACCUCAAUCCGGAAUAUCUAGCUCAACGAACGAGUUUCAAGGUGCGACUGGAGACGGCUUUUCUGAGUCAUCAUUUGUUGCAACCCCAGGGGGUUUCCCUGCUUUUCCAGAGCCCACGGAAGGGGAAAGGCAAACGUCUCUACCGGAACACGUGGUCCCGCCUACGCAAGGUGAAAAUGAGCUGGAAGAACUUGUGGAUGAUUUUGAUGAUUUUGAGGAAGGAGGCGAUGAUGACGAUUUUGGGGACUUUGACAAUGGUUUUCAACAGCCUACAGAUACGGAACUAACAGAAAACACAUUCCCGCCAAGCGCCCCCCAAACACCUCAACCUUCAAGCGAUGCACCAGCUCUGGACGUGGUUGACUUCAGCAAGUUGAGCAGUCCAAACGACGUGUUAGGCAAGACAGAGGAACAUCUCAAUGCUCUCUUCCCAAUUGAAAUAUCUGAUCUGCCUUCCUUCGAAAUUGCUCCAGAUGAUAAUCCAAUCUUUCUCACCGAAAGGAGUGCUUCUCUUUGGUCCCAACUUGCAGCACCGCCGCCACUUCAACCGCCAAACUGGGUACGGUCACGAAUCCGACGGCUUUUUCUCGUCUCACUUGGAGUGCCUGUCGACCUUGACGAAAUAUUGCCUGCAAGCAAACAGAAGAAACUGGUGCUGCCUUCCAUCAAAUCCCCGCGGCCGUCAUUUGAUGGGCGACGCGAAAGCUCGUCGGGGAAGCAAGGCUCACAGACACUGGAUUCGAGCUCUUCUGAUUCAAGAAAGCGACGAGAGCCACAACCUCCGGAGCUUGACCUUCCAUCGACAAAAAUGCUUUGCACGACGACCGAAGCUGCAUUAUUGAACCUAAAUGAUGAAGAACUGAGGUCGCAUGUGCAGAAACUUGAAGAUUUGAUUGGAAAGGCCGGCAAAGUGCUAGAGUAUUGGCUCAAGAGAAAGGACAGCGCAAUCGGAGAUAAAGAGGUCUUUGAGGGCGUCAUCGAGAACCUGGUAAAACAUGCCAGGAAUGUUCGAAAAUGAGUAUUGAAAGUUCUUAAGCGUGUAUUUUCUGAGGAUGCGGUGCAAUUGCCCGCUUUUAACGGCUCUACCUUGCAGUAUAUGAUUCGAUGCAGGCUCCUAAUUCGAGAUGGGAUUUGUACAUGUGGAAUAUAUGGACGAAGCGGCUUUUUCUUCUUGCUUCCCUUUUUUUCGAAUAAAUACCCAACGAAUUUUAGACUACAUAAUGAGGAGGGGAACCUUGACUCCGACAGGACUAAUCUUUUUAAUGUUUGUGGACUUAAGGAGUGGCGCUCUUGAGGAUUUUCAUUACAUACCUGCAGAAUAGUAUAUUUUACGAUACUACCCAGAAACGAAAAUAUGUGCAACAUUUAUGGCACUGUAAUUAUACAGAUGCUUCUUGAGCUGGACCAGUAUCUCUGAGGU